GAAAAGCCAUCUACUCAUAUUCCAACUCAGCUUAAACCUCUUUGCCUUCCUUUGCAAUUGUUACAAACUAUAUAUUCUUGCUUACCUCUCAAUAUUUAACAACAAUAAUAAUGAUGAAGGUCAGAAAUAGAGUCUCAUGAGAAAGUAGUGUUGAAGGUGGACUUCUAUGACGAUAGAAUCAAGCAAAAAGCCAUGAAGACAGCAUCUGGCCUUUCAGGGGUUGAAUCAGUUUCUGUGGAUACGAAAGACAAGAAAUUGAUUUUAUCUGGGGACAUUGAUCCUGUACGUGCAAUGUCCAAGCUAAGAAAGUGUUGUCACACAGAAAUAGUUUCAGUAGGACCUGCAAAAGAGGAGAAGGACCCAACAAAUGUACCUGUUCCUCUCGAGCUUUAUUAUCAUAUGACAACACCACAAUAUGGUCAAAAUUACUAUGUUAGAAGCGUAGAAGAGAGUCCCAAUGGUUGUGUCAUAUGCUAAAUUUCGUAAUAUACAAAGUUGGGAUUAAUGUUUCUCGUGUGGAGAUAAUUUUAGGGUUUAGGGUUUUGUUUGAUAAAAUACAUUGUGGUUUUUUUUUUGGUUAGUUUGGUACCGUACCGUAUCAUCUUCUAAACUUUGCUUCUU